AUGAAACAACUUAAUAUCCAAAGAAUUUGGCAUGUUAAUCCUGGAGGGGCUAGUGGUACAGCUGGUGGAUUAGUAAUGAUAUGGAAGAACAAUCUUGAUGUUGAAAUUCUAGACUGUUCAAUUAACCAUAUCAAUGCUAAGAUACAUCCUACUAGUGGCCCUCCCUGGCUCUUCACUGGUUACCAUGGUAAUUCUAAUAAUACUCAGUGGAAACUAAAUUCUUGGAAAGUUUUGGAAUAUACUGCUUCCAAGAACUCCCUCCCUUAUUGGUUAUUGGCAGCACUGGCUGCCCUUUCACUUGGACAAAUAAGAGAAGUGAGCCUGCUCUCACUGAGCAGAGAUUCUAUUAGCUCUGAUCACCAUCCCAUUUUUCUUAACACUAAUCCUCACUGGAGUACUGGUAAAAUCCCUUUCAAGUUCUUUGGUCCAUGGCUAGACCAUAAGGAUUGUAAGGAUAUCAUCUUUGAAUGUUGGCAGAGGAACUUGUCCGGUUCUAGCGCGCUUCUAAUUGCUAGAAAACUCAAAGAGGUCAAGCUGAAACUCAAAAUCUGGAACAAAGAAGUUUAUGGAAACAUAAAGACAAACAUUGAAGAAUGUAAGCAACAUCUGCAUUGGCUACAAGAAAACUACUUCAAUCAGGACAGAAGUAAAGCCUUACAAACUGCAAUGAAAGUUCUCAGAGAAUGGCAAGACAUUGAAGAAAAAUUUUGGAAAAUCAAAAGCAGAGACCAAUAUAUCAAAUUGGGAGAUAAGAAUACAAGUUAUUUCCACAGAACUACAAAAAGCAGAUUAAGAAGGAACAAGAUAGAUACCAUCCAAGAUAGUUCUGGAAACUGGAUUGAAAACUACCAAGACAUAAAGAAAUGCUUCACCAACCACUUCUCAAAAAUGGCUACUUCAGAAUCCCAUUCUAUGAAUACUGAAAUCCUUAACCUCAUUCCUACAGUCAUAACCACUGAAGAUAACAAAAAUCUCAAUAGAAUUCCUGAAGAUCGUGAGGUCAAAGCUAUUCUCUUCAUCAUGGCCAAAGAUAAAGCUCCAGGACCAGAUGGAUUCCCACCUAACUUCUUCCAAGCAAAUUGGGACAUUAUAGGAGAGGACCUAGUUAAAAUGGUCCAACAUUUCUUCAAAGUGGACUGGAAGUUUCUUCAUACAAUUAUGGUCAAAAUUGGCUUCAACUCUGAAUGGUGCAACAAGAUUAUGCAAUGCAUAUCCACUACUUCUACUGCUGUCCUUCUAAAUGGUUACCCUGACAAAUUCUUUAACCCUACUAGAGGACUCUGGAAAGGAGACCCCCUUUCUCCUUACCUGUUUCUUUUCUGCAUGGAGGCACUAUCUAGAAUCUUAUCUCAUGCUGAAGAUUUGGGUCUCAUCUCUGGAGAAAACACUAUUGAAGCACAAAAUCUCAAGGAUAUCCUCAACAUUUUUGGAGAUACUUAUGGCCAACUCAUCAACUUCAGCAAAUCAGGAGUCUUCUUCAGCAAGGACAUUGAUCCAGCUCUUAUGCCUAUUAUCUGCAAGCUGCUUGGAGUUCAAAUUCUUCCUACAAAUGACAAAAUCCCAAAGAAAACCUGUCAAGAUAUGAACAAACUACAAAGAGAUUUCUUCUGGGGAAAGAACCUGGAAAACCCCAAAGGCUACUACCCAAAAGCCUGGACAACCAUUUGCAAACCUAAGGAGCUUGGUGGAAUAGGUUUUAUGAAUAUGGAGCUUUUUAAUAGUGCCAUGGUAACAAAAGUAGGAUGUAGAUUGGAGCAGGACAAGGAUUCUCUCUGGUACCAACUGAUGGAUGCCAAAUAUUUAUUGGGAAUAAAUGUUCUCAGCAUGAACACCAAAGCUAAAGAUGGAGACUCCUGGAUAUGGAAAGGGGUUUUAGAAGGUAUUCAGAACAUUCAGCAACACUGUGAAUGGAGAAUAGGAAAUGGCAACAAAAUAAAAAAUUUGGGAGGACUUCUGGAUACCUACUUCAACUGA